AUGUGUCCUAAUUCAGAAGAUGAAGCUGAGAAAAUGUCUCGUGUGCCAUACCAGGAAGCCGUGGGAAGCUUGUUGUUUGCUGCACAAGUGUCAAGACCGGAUAUAUCUUUUGCAGUCAACAAUGUAAGCAGAUACACACGCAAUCCAGGGCUAACACAUUGGACUGCAACAAAACGCAUCAUGAGGUACUUGAGGGGUACAAUUCAGUAUAAAUUGGAAUUCGACGGACAACGGAGCAGCCAGGUGAUCGGUUACGCAGAUUCUGAUUGGGCCAACAACGUGGAUGAUCGCAGGUCAAUUACCGGUUAUGCUUUCUUGAAAAAUGGAACAGCUAUUUCGUGGGGAACCAAACGGCAAAGCACAGUAUCUCUUUCUACAACCGAAAGUGAGUACAUGGCGAUGAGCAUGGCAACCCAAGAAGCUUUAUGGUUACGGAACCUUAGUGCGGAGCUUGGUUUUUGUAAAGGACCUAUAGUACCCAGACAGCACCAAACGUUCGGCGAACGUUUAUUUUAUAGCCAAAUAAUGCCCCAACGUCCCGGGACUUUAAAUGAACGUUCAAAGGACGUAUUUUAA